UCUGCAUGGACCGGGCACUACAAAUAACAAGUGCAGCUUCACAUCAUCACAACAGUCAACAGGAGCAAAAAGACCCAAAUUAAUCAGGAGAGUUUAUCAAUCCACCAUCCACCAAGAUGUCGCAGCUGAUCUCUGUUAGCCGCAGCGUGGCUGCGACACUCCUCCUGCUCCUUUCUGCAGCUGCCGCGGCAGAAGCUCAGGCUGGCGCGGCCUGCCACAACGACAUUGUCGCCCUGCGGACCACCUGCUACGAGUACGUCCAGGAGGGUGGCCGGGCGGUGCCGCCGUCGUCCAACUGCUGCGCCACCUUGAUGGGCCUCACCAACGUCCCCUGCGUCUGCGACUAUCUCGGUUCCGACCUCGACAUUGACCUGGACAAAGUGUUCUACAUCGGCAGGCACUGCGGAGUCGCCAUCCCCAGGGCCUGCGGAGAUGUAAAGCAGGUCUGAGACAGAGAACCAGCUGAAUGGAGAAGUUGGCUAACAUACGCCAAGGCAGCACGCAAUGCUCGGAUUAAUGAAUAAAGUUGGAAAACUUUUAGUUCGAUGAUGUUCAGAUAUAAGAAAUGUAUUGGUGUUCACCUAUUUAAAGCUGUAGUUAGCUUUAUUCACAUAAUGUGGUUCUGUAUCAAUGCCAGAUUCAAUCUAUGGCUCAUGAGAUGUCUUAUUUUCUUCCUACAGUCUGAUUUCCUGUUUUCCAUUGAACCAGCACAAAUGCUUACAGAAAGCACUACGAAUACACAAUGGAAAAUCCAAAAACAUUCUCAAUGAUGUAAAUUCAUAGGAAA